CUCCCGGAGGAUUCUGUUGUGUCCCCUAUUCUGUCGUAAGUAAAUCCCCCGCGAAAAAUCCCGUCGAAAAUGUCCUUCCUCGGGCUGCUGAGCUACGUUUCGCUGCUGGUGCAGAUCUGCUUCGUAACCGUCUCGAUCGCUGCCGGCCUGUACUAUCUAGCCGAGCUGGUAGAGGAGUACACGGUCAUCGCGAAGAAAGUCAUCAGCUGGAUGGUGGCCGUGACGGCCUGCCUGUACGUGAUAUUCAUCUUUACCGAACACUUCAGCUGGACGAUGGUGCUGUGCGGGCUGGGCGCCCAGGCACUGCACGGGCUCAUCCUGACCGAUUUCCCGUACGUGCGGUUUCUUUCGCCCGCCUUUAUCGGGGCGGUCGGGCUGCUGGUCGGCAACCACUAUCUGGCCUUCGUCUACUUCCAGCUGCAGUACCACGCGUUCACGGAAGUGUUGGCGUACUUUACCCUCUGCCUGUGGUUGGUGCCAUUCGCGCUGUUUGUGUCCCUGUCCGCCAACGACAAUGUGCUGCCAACGAGCAACGAACGGACGCAUUUGCUCAGUGGCAAUGACGACGUGGUGACGAAUUACUUCUCUAGCCGUAAAAAGAUGGGCCUGCUUUCGCUGUUCAGCUACGCGAAGGAAAGCCUGCUGCCGGAACGCAACAAGAAAGCGUUCUAGUCCGCGACCACGAAUCGAAACAUUCAGUAGCCAUCGGUUCGCUCUUGUAUAUUAUUUCUAUUUAUUAUGAACGAAGAAGAAAAAAAAGCAAAACUCCAAGAUAGGAAUAAUAAAAAAGCAAUCAAAUGACACAACACA